UGGGAGGGAGCGAUGCAGGAUAUUCUCACAGGAUGUGAUGGCUGGACGGCAGCCGGAGCCGUGCAAUGUGGAGGGAACAGUCAGCUGAGAGGAGCUUCUUUUUGGCUUGCGGCGUUCACUCGUGUUGCCUUAUCGAUACGCAAGUGGGUGUGUGUGUGUGAAAGCUGAGGAUGUGAAAUGAACUUGGUGAGGAUGCACGCCAAAGAUUAGUGACCAGCUGAAAGUGAGCACCAUGUUCGCCCUCCAGCUGCUCUUCUCGCUGUUUCUCAGCUGCCUGGUGACGACCGCACGUCCUCCUCGACGCAUCCCAUCAUGCCAAGUGGUCCAGAUGGAUGUGUUUUGCAGCGAUCGCAGCCUCAGAAGCACACCGCUCAACCUUCCUCAUGGCAUCCGAACGUUGGACCUGUCGCGAAACCAGGUGCAGAAUCUCACCCAGGAAACUCUGGCGCAUCACACCGGCCUCCACCAUCUGAACCUCGGCUCUAACAAAAUCCACUUCAUCCAGCCCGGGCUCUUCAGAGACAUGACGGAUCUGAAAGUCCUGGAUCUGUCCAAGAACCAUCUGAGUGUUUUUGCUCAGUCAAAAACCAGCGUCGGACCUCUUACUGCCGUGGAGUCGCUCGAUCUUUCGGGUAACGGGCUUUUCACAGGAAUGACGGACUAUUUCCUCGCUGAAUCCCCGUUGUUAACGAACGUUUCUCUCAACGGUAACAGCAUUACCAAGAUAGCACAUAAUACCUUCAGCGGAGCGUUGUCUUUGAGAAAAAUCAACCUCCACAAUAACGUCAUCUUGGAGAUCGAAGACGGAGCUUUUGACUCGUUAGAUCAUUUGACAGAACUUGAUUUGUCAAAGAAUUCAAUCAACUGCAUCACAGACUUCAACCUCUAUAAUUUAAAGACUCUUAAUUUGAGCAAGAACAGUUUGGAGCUUUUCCGAAGCACAGUCUCAGACAAUUUGUACGAACUUAUCCAUCUUGAUCUGAGUGAAAAUAAAAUGUCUCUUUUGCCUCUUCUCCCUCGAAAGAACAAGCUGGAAUACUUAGACGUGUCACGAAACCAAAUCCAGAGUAUUAACGUGACGGGUUCUAUAGAAGGGCAGAUUUACUUCAUGUGCACAUGUUUAGCUGCUCCACCAAGUUUCAGCAAACAUCACCAGUGUUUUUAUCACCUGAAGUACCUGGACAUGAGUUACAACAGCCUCAAAAGCCUGCCUCAGUUCCUCUUUUCAACUAUGGUGUCUCUGGAGGUCCUGAAUGUGAGCAAUAACUGCAUCAGUUCAUUCUCAGUCUCUGCAGGCCUUCUGAAGAACGUCAGGAUCAUCAACCUCAGCUAUAAUUCACUGCAGACUCUGACAUUUGCAGAAAACGCUCUGCAGUCGUUAGAAGAGCUGUAUUUAAGUGGAAACGAGCUCACUACUCUGGAUUACCACACAUUUCAGAGACUUCCAAACAUCCGACUCCUUCACCUCCAACAAAACAAUCUGAGGGUCUGUACAUCAGCAGUUCCAGACCAGAACCACCCAGAUCCAUCUGGUUGUGUUUCAUUUUCUUCUGUUUCCAAUCUGGAGUAUCUUUACCUUUCUGAAAACAGCCUCCAGACGCUGCCCCCCAACACGUUCUCCGACACUCCUCUGAAACUGCUGGACCUUUCCCUCAAUCCAGGUCUAGACAUGAAGCAGGACUCUCUACGUGGUCUGGAGAAUUCACUAGUUCACCUUUUCCUGAGAGAAAACAACAUCACUGAACUGAACACGGACCUGGCUUCACUGACAAGCCUGAAAUAUGUGGACUUGUCGACCAACCAGCUGACCACUCUACCAAUGUGGAACAAAGAGUCCUCCAUCGAGUCACUGAACCUCCAAAACAACAAUCUGGUCUCACUGGAGUACAGCACGGUGCUGGCUCUGGAACGCACUCUGAAGACCAUCUACAUGGGCUCCAAUCCUCUGAGCUGCUGCAGAAACCUGCCCUUCCUCCACAUGGUCCAGAACUCGGCCGUGGUGGUCCCGGACAUCGAGACCGUGACCUGUGUCUAUAUGGAGGACACAGAACCGGUAAACAUCGAGAAGGUGACCCAGGAGAUGUGUCAGAACCUGGAGAACGGAAGUGUGAACAUCAUUAUGAUCAUAGUAGUAGGGUUGGUGCUGAUGAUCACGCUAGUGCUGCUAAUUAAAUGCUGUCACUCGAGAAGACGGAAGCGAAACCGGAGCUUCAGCGCAUAGCGUGUCCAUUAAUAUCCCACUGAACAGAAAGUAAACAGCAAACAUCCAUACCCCGUCCACACUGGUACAGAUAAUUUAGAUAUUUUCUCUGGUUUUCUUUAAAAUAAUCUGUUCACACUACCUUUGUCUUGUGCACUUGAGAUAAUAUUAGACCUAAAAGUGUUUUUUAAAGUUAAUUCUUUUACAUUAUAUAGAUUUAAGAUGUGCCAAACUCCUAAAACUAUGCUGAAAAUGAUCUACUGUAGUUAAUAUACUGACCGCAAAGACUGAUCACAUGGAAAGACAGACUAUAUACCUUACAUACUGUAUCUGCUAUUGUUCUUUCAGAUACAUAUAUGUAGUGGUGCACAUAGAACUGGGCAUUUCUAUUAAUUAUCAUCAUCAAUUAAUUUUUUAUUUAUUUUAUAGGGUUUUAAAAAUAAGAGGCUGAUUUUCGAUCCUGAGAGAAAACUGAAAAAACAAACAAAAAAUACUCAACAAGAAGAGAACAGUGUAAAAACGCAAAAGGCAUGUGUUAAAUUAAAUUGUGAAUAUAACGUAAGAUUAUACCAUUGUUGUUUUAUCUUCUAAAUAUAUCAUCAUCAUUUCCUCCAGUUGUUUUCACUCUGGAAGGCUUUCUUUAAAAAAAUUAGCUGUUCGUUUGUGUAAAUUCAGAGAAAAUGUUUGUUUUGCAAAAUAUCUGUAUUAGUGUGGACAUGAAGGAAUCUAUAUUUGGUAUUGAUGAUACUUAAAUACAUGAAUGUAAAGCUUCACCCAAAGGUUUCUGAAAAGACGCUAUAAAAGCCUUGACUUGGGUUCAUGUCUCAUUACAUUUACCUGCACAUAUAGUCCACUUUUUGCCUUAUUCUGACGAGGACAGUUAGUUUACACGACAAAUGAAAAUAAUUACCCAGAUAAAUAACAAUCAUAUGUAGAAUCAGGUAUAUUUUUAUGAACUGCAUCUCAGUUUCAGGUUUAUUUAUUAUCAUUUUAGGUGUGAUGUUCAGUGGUGAGAUUAUCCUGCAGGUAUUCAGUUUCUCCACCUGGAUUUAACUCUUCUGCAGAGAGUAAUGUAUUUCAGAUCUUUAACCCUUUAAUUGAUGGAAUAGCCUCUCAUUUCUUAAAUAAUUAAUUUGUAGAGAGAAUAAAGAUUGGACUGUGGUUCAAUGAAAGAAAGGUCAUGUGGUCUGAUGAGUACAGAGUGAUGGGAGGAGAGGUGGAUGAAGUGAUUACCCAUCAUGCCUAGUGCCUAAUGUACAAGCCUGUGGGGGCAGUGUUAUGAUCUGCGGUAAAUUUAGUUGUUCAGGACUGAGUUCAACAACAUUAUUUCUCCAAGAGAUGAUGUAAAUACAUGUUAUGAUGAGGGGAUAAUCAAAACUAAAGGCAAGCCAAAUACAUUUUAGAGUUUUUUGAGCCAUUUCAUGUAGUUAACCUUGAUUGGGAUUGAUAACCUUUUUUUUUCUUGCUACAACAUAUUAUUACCUUUAACAUCUGCUCUUUUCAUGGAGCCCCAGACUUGCCUUAACAGAAGAAAUAUGAGGCAAAUAUUCAGGUUGAACGUCGUCCAGAUCCUGAUGUUUAACAUGUGGCUGAAAUACAUCUUAAACUAUAUCAGUGUAAACAUGGCUCACAUAUAAACCUAACGCCAAGAGGUUAAAAAUACAUUAUGAGUCCACCUUCAUACUGAUUAACAUGUUCAUUUAAGAUAAGAUAAGAUAAGAUAAGACUUUAUUUUUCCCACCAUGAGGAGAUUUAACAGUUAUUUAGACAUUUUAUUGCAUCAAAUCCAUAAACAUAGACAUUAUACAAAUGUUGCUGCACCAACUUGUGCCAUUUCAGUUUGUUGUGUUAAAAUUUCCACAGUUUUUCCAGUAGCAGAUAUGUUCAACCAUGAGAACACAGCCUCCUAUAUUUAAUCCUUCAAACACCUUCUUGAAAAGGUUAAUGUAUCUCCUAAAACCCUUUGAAAAUCCAAAGUAAACUGCAGUAAAAACGUCAGUAUGUAAUGAGAUGUGAGUUAGGAUGUGUACUUUUAAUCAGAAAAUCCUCCAAUAGCAUUAUAUUCUAGGCUGUAAUCAUGGUGGACUAUUAUUAUUAAUAUCAUGUGCAUGUAAAUGUAGUGUUUUUAGACUGAACUCCAUGUGUCAAAGCUGUUGAUGUUCAAUGAAGUGGAAGUAAAACCGUCAACUGCUGACUGAUGACAACACUGACUCUCAAGAACUGUCGUUUUUAGCCGCGGUUCUUCAUAAGAGAAGUGUGGACUUUUUGAGUGGACGUUUUCCUGUGGUCGACACCAAGUGGUCAUUAGAGGAACUGCAGCAGCGACCUGUUUCAUGUUUGACUCAUCGUGUGUAAAACAAGUUCUAUGAAUGUAAAAGUAAGAACACUAAUGAUGAACUAUGAGUGGCCUCCUUAGUGAUGGAGAAAAAUACAGAUAAAACAGAUGAGAGGAGAGUGUUGAAACCAGUGGUGGAAGAAGUAUUCACAUCACAACGUACAAAUACACCAGAAAAUACUCAAGUAGUGUCGGUAAUAUGUAGGUGAAGCUUUGAGGUAAAAGAAUAGUUUGGAUCUGAUUCACAAAUCCAUCCAUCCAUCCAUCCAUCCAUCCAUCCAUCCAUCCAUCCAUCCAUCCAUCCAUCCAUCCAUCCAUCCAUCCAAAGCAGUUGAAUCAGUUCUUUUAAUACAAAGUGUAAAAGUACUCAAAUUACAUUUCUUUGUCAUUCUCUUGUUAUAUCUUCAAUAUAACUUCCCUGUUUUUCUUUUUCUUUUUUUUUUUUGUCACUUGAUAGGGUUAUCAUGUAGAAGUGUUAUUGUUCCAUUUAUCUAGGUUGAAAUUUACCCUGAUGUUGUUUUUUAUUUUGCACAACAAUGCAAAAUACAAAAAUAAUAGAUCAUUUUCUUUAUGUGAUUUGCAACUUAGAACUGUCUUGAAAAUUUAAGAAGUAUAAAGUACAAUAUUUGUGUAAAAAUACAAGAGGUAAAAGGAAAAAGAUGUACAGAAAUUAUGUACUUGUGUUUCCUACUUCUGGAUAGUGGAGGUAUUUUCAAAGUUUUUCUUCAUAAAAUCAUCUGAAAGGAAGUAAAGCUGUAGUAAAAAGUACAAUAUUUAGACGGAUCAAUCUGCAAAAAAAGUUACUGUUUUGUUAUAAAAAGUUUUUUUUUUCCUUCCACCACUGGUUGAACCUCAGAAAUAACUGUGAGUAUCCAACUGAAACUUUCCAUUAAGCUAAAAAAGAAUGAAGAACGUAACACUAAACAAAGGUCAUGAAACAAAGCGUCUUUCAUUUGUGAAGGAUGACUGAAGUCCAUUCAGGUUUGGAGUCACAUGACCACAGAGUGUGCUAAAAGUUACCAUUGUAAUGUAGUUUGCACUUUAACUUUCCUCUUGUUUAUGUGAUUGUGUUUUAGGCUGAUGACACUAAAAAUGAAGGAUGCUACAACACCAUAAUUUAUUUUUUUUUAUUUUAGAACUGGUCAUUGUAAACAGCAGGAUUCUGUGUUAUUACUAUUAUUGUCCCGUCAUGUUGUUUUUUCUCCUUUUAUUGUGUCUGAAUAUGUGAAUGUUGUAAACGCUGUAAACGUCUUUUUAAUGGACUCAGUUUUUAUACAGAAACAUGUAAACUUUUUAUUCCCACCAGCUUAUUUGACGUAAUAGAAUUUAAAGCGACAUUUCAAUUUCAGUCGACACAUAUUGAAAACAUUUGUUCUUUGGAGCAGUUGUGGUUAAAGACACACAUUAUAAUUUCAUUCAACUUCAUGUGGUGCCUUAUUUAUUAAUGUGAUUAAUCACUAUUCAGAUUUCAUGACCACAAUCUGUAAAGGAGCAAAAUAGUAUUUAAUUCUAUAUUAAAAUGACUGCUUUUCCAGUU